AUGCUUAGAAGAUCUGUCUUUUCAGAUCAUCAACGAAAAGAGCUAGAGAGAAAGUUCCAGAAGCACAAGUACAUCAGCAAGCCCGAUAGAAAGAAACUAGCCGACGAUUUGGAUCUGAAGGAUUCACAAGUUGUGAAGAUCUGGUUCCAAAAUCGUCGCAUGAAAUGGAGGAACGCCAACGAAAGACUGCAAAUGAGCUUACAUAAAGAGAGGAGGGUCUUCAGAGAAUUCAUUUAUUAA